AUGUGCGGCACGCUGGCGGCAGCCCGCUCCCCGGUCCCCCGCAAGGCUACAACAGAGGAGAAGAGGAACCCCAGGCCAGUCACGCACACCGUGCCUUGCCAGUUCGAAGAGGCUCUCCACUUUCCCCGAUCCCCACUCGGUCUGAACCCUAAUCCUAUCCUCUCCAAUCCACUCCCGAUCGGUAGCCCCUCCAUCGCCGCCGCCGCCGAUCCGCACCCGAUCGAUGGCCCCUCCAUCGCCACCGCCUGCGAUGCAGCCUCUGUCCGAUGUCACCCAGCCCCGCUGCUGCCCGCCACGGGUGCAUCGAUCUCUAAUGCCUUCCAAAACCUCAGCCUCCAUGUUACCCAUGCUUCCUUGGGUCUCGCAACCCCUGUCGACGGUGACGGAGGGUCGUGCAGCAAGCCGGCGCCGGUGCCCAAGAACUCCAAGAGGGACGAAAACAACAUCUGGAGUAGGUCCACCUCCCGCAAGCCCAAAAAUAAGAAGGCAGCGCCGCCGCUGCCGCCCGCCGCCCAGCCCUGGCCUGGCACCGCCGGCGCUGAGGAGUGCGCGCCAGGGCAGCCCAUGCUCCUCUCACGCGUCUUCAAGUCGGAGAGGAUCGUGCUCUCGGCUGACCGCCUCACCACCGCCAGCUCCAAGGGCUACCGCAUGGUGCGUGCCACACACGGCGUCGCGGUCGGAGCAUGGUACUUCAAGGUCAAGGUCCUGCACCUAGGCCGCACCGGCCACACCCACCUCGGGUGGGCGACCAACAUGGCGGACAUCGACAUGCCCGUCGGUUGUGGCGCGUAUGGCUUUGGGUACCGUGACACUGAUGGCACAAAGGUGCACAUGUCCUAG